AUGUUUUGGCGUCGGAGCCGCGCGAAGGAGGCGGUGGCGGAGGAAACGGACAACCUCGCGAAGCUGCAGAAACAGUUUGGCAUCAAGCCAGUGAACGACGCGGAUGUGCAGGCGGAGUUUCAGGCUCUGUUGGCCGCUACAGGAGCCACUGGAGGCAUGAGUCCGACGGAGGAGAGUAUUCUAUUCGGGAUUGGAGGUGACAAUGAGGACGACGAAGAAGCAAAGAUCCUGAGAGACUUGCAACUAGACGGAAUCAACCUGGAUGACGAGGACGAAGAGAGUGAUGGUCACCGAGACGCGAAGCACGAGCUCCGUGGGGUGCUGAACGAGGCUCAUCAGACAGCGAGGGAGAAUCACAAUAGGGAGGCAGUCGAGAUGAGCGGAAAGGCACCUACUCAAGGCCCGAGAAGAGACGAAGAAGAAAUGACGCCGUCGUCGCAGAGAGCUGCACGGGUACACGCUUUGAAGAUGGAGGCACUAGCGCUGAAGAGAGAGGGGAGGAUUCAAGAGGCUCUGGUCAAACCAAGACGUUGA